AUGGAGGGAAAACACAUCUUCUGCAAAGCUUUUGUAGUAAAGCACAGGAAGAACAAACUAGAAGAAAACUUGAAUUUUCAAAAUAAUCACAUGUUGUCAAGUUUUAUAUGUGAAGACUCAAAGAAGAAGGUUUGGUCAGUUAGUAAUGCAAGUUUCAUAAUAAAAAAUAAACUUUACACAUCAUCCCUUUUAACAGAAUCUUUAGUUCAUUGA